AUGACAACAACCGUUCCUUUAAUUUAUUCAUUCCCAGGAUUUGUCGGGGUUGCUGAUGCAGUAGCAGAUCAUGUCAUAUCAGCACAAAAUCAAACAUUAUAUAAUACAACUGAUUUAAAACAAAUUGAAAUCAUUAAACAACAAAAACCUCCCAUGUCAAAAACUCCAAGUACAGUUUCUGUAUCAAAUCAAUCUCCAUUACAUUCACCAAGUCAAUCUCAAAAUGGAAUAAAUUUUCAAAUGACUAGUAGUAGUAAUAAUGGCAAUAAUGGAGGAAAAUUUAAAAAGGAAAAGAAGAUCCCCAAAAGACAAGAAACAAGAUUUAAAAUUGCCAUUUCUGGUGGGUCCUUAAUCAAAAUCUUACAUCAAGGUUUAUUACCAAGACAAGAUUAUAUUGAAUGGGAUAAAUGGGAUAUUUAUUUUGCUGAUGAAAGAUUAGUACCGUUUCAUUCUCCUGAUUCAAAUUAUGGUCAAGCAAAAAGAGAAAUUUUUGAUUUAAUUAAAGGUGAUAAAAAACCAAAUGUUUAUCAUGUUGAUGAAUCAUUAAUUUAUGAUAAUCAAGAAGCUGCCGAUGAUUAUGAAAAACAAUUAAUAAGAAAUUUUGCUAAAAAAGAUUCCGUGAAAUUACCCAUGUUUGAUUUAUUAUUAUUAGGUUGUGCUCCUGAUGGUCAUAUUGCUUCAUUAUUUCCUAAUUUUGGUGAACAAUUACGAGAAAAAUUAGCAUGGUGUUUACCUGUUUGGAAUGCACCACUGGGACCCAAAAAUAGAAUUACAUUAUCAAUUCCAGUAAUUUGUCAUGCAGCAAGAGUCACCUUUGUAGUUGAAGGGUUAACUAAAGCUCCAAUUAUUAGAACUAUAAUGGAAAGACCAGAAAAGGGGUUACCAAGUUCAAUUGUUAAUGAAGGUGCAGCUGGUAGAGUUAGUUGGUUUGUUGAUGAUGCUGCAUUGAAUGAUUUAUAUGAUAUUACUAAAAAACAAUAUAAAUUCUUAUCAUUCCCUCAACCUGAUGAUGAAUAUGAAUCUAUAUAA